CCUUCUUUUUAUAAUAAACAAAAAUGUUGAGAACAAGUAGAAUUUUAUCACAACGUUUGGUUCAGCAACAACAUGCAUGGAAGGCCGUGGGAGUACAACAUGUUCGAAACGUGACCAACUCCACUACAGACGAAAAGACAGGACCACCACCACAAUAUGGUACCUUUCGCUCUCCCGCUGCCGCAUUGGGUGUAUUGGAUCCUCCUGUCGUUGAUCAUAAUAAUUGGAUCAAGAGAAAGCAACAAAAGCUUCGGGAUUUUGUUGACUAUGAAAAGGCAUUUGCUGCCCAUGCUGCUGAACGUCGUCAUUUAGUUGAAGAGGCAACCAAAUCCUAUUUUGCUGAUGUCCAUGAAAUGCGUAAACAUGGUGGAAAAAUGUAUUAUGCAAGCUCACAAAUGAUCAAGCCAGAAAAGGCAGGAUAUAUGCCAAAUUUCGAAGCGCAAGAUUUAUCACGAAAGAAGAUCAAUACGACGGAAAAGCUUGUUGGCAAAGUGACGUUGAUGAGUUUUGUGUAUGCAAAGUUUGGAGAACCUCAUGUGGAAACGUUUAUCCAACCUUUUUUGAACAAAUAUAAAGGAUCGAGCGAUAUUCAAGUGGUGGAAGUGAAUGUACAAGAGAAUUUAUUAAAGCAAUUGUUGUUGAAGGCAUUUGUACCACUUAUCCGUAAGAACUUGGCAGAGGAACGUAGAGAUAAUUAUUGCUUGAUUAUGAAGGAUAUCAGCAAGACCCGAAAAUCAUUGGAUAUGACAAAUCAAUACAUUGGGUAUGUGUUUUUAGUUGAUGAGAAUUGUAAAGUGAGAUGGACAGCUCAUGGACCUGCAACGCCUGAAGAAGUCGGUAAUAUGUUGGCCAUGACGGAUUACCUUGUCGAAAAGAAGAAUACAAGUGGUGGCAACGAAAAGAAAUAAAAAAAAAAAAGUUUAUUAUUGGUUAUUUUUUA